AUAAAAUCUUAUCUCAUCUUUAAUUAAUCUAUUAUUCACUCUGUGGCACUAUAUCACUUUUUUAUUCAGCAGGUAUGAUGCCACAACACUUUAUAUUUGCACGUGGUUCUAUCAACACUAGUUUGGUCAUGUAAACAUUUGGCAUGGACGUGUGAUUUGAGGCUCAGGUCAUGCAAACAAUUACAUAAAACCCACACACCGCUGAAUGUGAGGGUUCAACAGCUUACUAGCAGGGGAUUUUGGUAACUGGAUUAGCGAUAGAUUAAACUCUGCAUUUAGGUUCAAGAAGUGAAAAUAAUCAGUGAGCCUGUCUGAGCAUCUGAUAUAAAAAGGCUCACACGGCGUCUCCUCACCACAGCUCAGACUGCGACAGAUCCGCACUGAAACUUCUUCUGCACUUCAGGUAAGAACACGCUGCUUUGUGGGGACCAAAUGUUUUUUUUACAAACUAAAUGAGUUGCAAGAGUUUUCUUUCAGCCAGAUUCAGCAAGCUGCUCUAAAAUAAGGAAAAUUCAUACUAAAUUCAAAUCUGCUCACUUUUUUUUGGCCAGAAUGGACUUCCAAAUGUUCUCCCUGGCGAUGUUGCUGCUGGCCUGUGUGGAGCAGAGCCUGGCCUCCUGCGUGGUGGACAGCUUCUCUGUGAAAGCCGACUUUGAACCAGCAAGAGUGAGUAGAGAAAUAUUUUAAAGUAUUUAAAUCCGUUCAAUUGCAAGUUACUGUAACUCAAAACCGUUUACAGUAUACUCAUUUGUAGGUUCAGGGCAGAGAGCUAAAUGAACAAAGAGGACAAUUUGAUCAACAUCCUCCAAAGUACAUCAAUGCAUCAUUCGCAAACAAUUGAAUAUAAUGUUGCAUAUUGUGUACUAUCCUUCCAUUAUUAUACAAAAUACACUGAGAUUUACACAACAAUGAAUCCCAAGGAUUAUGGACCUUUCAAUUAAAAACGGAAUGGUACAAAUCAGUGAUUUGAUUGGCCAACAUUUUCUUUUUUUGUACCAAAGGAUUAGGCCUAAUCAGGUCAGAAAUCUUGGUGUAGUGUAGACCUACAUUCCACAACCCGCAAAAACAAGAUUACAAAAUCCGGAUACUUCUACCUCAAAAUAUAUAACUAGCCUAAAAGGAAUCAUGUUUUAGCAUUUGUCUCAAAUACACUUGAUGUAUGUAUUCUUUACUAAAAUCUGGGGUAUAGGAAUGGAUCACAUUCGAAAUAAGCCUUAUUUUUUCAAGCGCAUAUCCAUAUUUUACUGAUGAAAUGGCUCUCAACAUAUUUGCCCUAAUGAUUUGUCUCCACAGUAUGCAGGAAAGUGGUACGCUCUGCAGAAGAAGGACCCUGAGGGUUUGUUCCUGCAGGACAACAUCUCUGCUGAGUACACCAUCGGAGAAGAUGGAGCCAUGGUCGCCGCCUCCAAGGGCAGAGUUACUCUCUUUGGGUGGGUAUUUAAGUGGUGGAAAGUAAUUAAGUACUUCCAUCCAAGAACUAUACUUAAAUACAACUUUAAGGCCCUUUUGCAAAAGUGCAAUUUCUCUCUCUUUUGCUCCAGGUUCUGGGUGGUGUGCGCCGACAUGGCCGCUCAGUACUCCGUGCCCGACCCCGCGUCCCCCGGCAAGAUGUUCAUGAACUACCAGGGCCUGGCCAGCUACCUUUCCAGCGGAGGUGACAACUACUGGAUCAUUGACACAGACUACGAGAACUACGCCCUCACCUACGCCUGCCGCACCCUGAUGGACGAUGGAACUUGCGACGACGGAUACUCCCUGCUCUUCUCCCGCAACCCCCGCGGCCUCCCCCCCGCCAUCCAGAGGAUCGUCCGCCAAAAACAGGAGGAAAUCUGCCUGGUCGGCGAGUUUCAGCCUGUGCUGCAGACUGGAGCCUGCUAAACUUCUUCUUCUGGAGUUUCUGUAUAUACCGGAUGAUCAUCCUGCCCAAAAUGAAGACAUAGCCCUUCUCAAAGAAAGAAUAAUAAUUAUGUUAUGCUUAUGAUGUUCAAACGUCAUAAGAGAGACUUCGGAUAUAUCAAAUGAAAUGUCUCAUGGAAGAAUUAAAUCAACCCUGCCAA